CACUCCGCCGAGGACCGCCGCGCAGUCAACAGUCGGUGAGCCAAUCUUCCGAAGAUAGGCCGCGGCAAGGUCGCAGGAAGGCCACGGAGAGACGCAGUUGACAGAAACCCAUAAUUACAUCAAUGUGGAUGAGAUGGAGGCGCGUCACUUAAUCUGCAAGUUCAACUCCCUGGAUUGUCUGCAAGAAGAUGGUUUUGCGGGAGAAGAAGCAGAAGCAGCGGCGGCCAGCGGAGGUGGCGGCAUGAAGGCGGCGCUGCUGCUGCUCGCGGCGGCGGCGCUGCUGCACGCUCAGCAGCUGCAGAUGUGGCGCACAGCCUGGCAGCUGUGCCGCUCCGCCCUGCAGCUGUGGCGGAGCCUGCGCCGCGCUACGUCACCGCUGCCCGCGGAUCUGCGCGCCUGCGUCGACAGCCUGGGAGAUAACGUCGAGCGGGCACUCAACCGCUCCCUUCCCACCUGAACACUCUGCUGCACCCUCACCAACUGCAGCUGUGUUCUCCGCCUGUCAGCUGUGUCCUCUACCUGGCAGCUGUGGGCUCUAACUGGCAGCUGUGGCCUCUAACUGACAGAUGUGGCCUUUAACUGUCAGAUGUGGCCUCUAACUGGCAGAUGUGGUCUCUGUCAGAUGUGGCCUCUAUCUGGUAUACAUGUCCUCUACCUGGCAUAUGUAAUAUCUACCUGGUAGCUGUGGCCUCUAACUGGUAGCUGUUUCCUCUGCCUGGCAGCGGUGACCCCUAAGUGGAAGCUAUGGCCUCUAACUGGCAGCGGUUACCCCUAAGUGGAAACUAUGGCCUCUAACUGGCAGAUAUGUCCUCCAAAUGGCAGUUGUGGGUUCCACCAGGUAGUUGGGGCCUCCACCUUGCAGCUGUGACCUCUACUUAUCAGUUGUGGUAGAGCCCACGAGCUUGUGCAUACCCAAAAAAAGUGUUUUUUUUUUUUUUCACUUUACACAGAUAUUUAAAAAAACUUUAUUUUGUUUUAUAUCUUUGAUGUAUUGAUUAUUUUUCAUAUUCUGAAUAAGUUAUUUUUAAAAUAAUUAUUAAUCUCUCUAGCACCAGAAGAAACAAAUGAAAUAAAAAUAUCUGUUCCUAUGUGAAAA